CUUACAUUUUGCUCUUUUACUUAUUAGUCAAAAUGGUUCGCCGACAUAAAAUAACCAAACUAAUGGGGGAGGGUUAGGAAGAAGGAAACAUUCCCCCUUUUGCCCGCUCACUUGCCUUUAAGGAAAAAAAAAAAAAUAAGCUUCAUGACGUAACAGCACGGUCGAAGCAAAAUGUAGCCAAUAGCGCGGAGCUUCUUGUCUGCGUCGCCCACCCACUGCUUCUGAAUCGUUCUGUUUCAUUGUACGCGGUAACCAAUGGGAAGAGGUCUUUCGGAGCUCCGCCCUUCAAUCGGUUCACCUCCCCUUCGAGCUAGAAGCUUUGCGUCGUUUCCGGCUGCUAUACUGAAGCUUCCCUCAGCCGAGUGAAGAAACAACAGCCGCCAUUUUGUUUGUGUGUGAGGGACGGAGCCCCGGCCGGAGUACGGCACGAACCGCAGGACAACCGGAGGAGAAAGAAGGCUGGACACAAAGACGCGCCUUCCCGUAAAUCAUCUCUGGAAACAGAUAUACCUUGGGUCUGCGCCUCCUUGUGAUCUUUCUGAAGCAGUCUAGGGAUACUGCGACCCCUUUAGCUCCCCCGAGAGACAAGGCGGUAACACCGGCUACUGUGGGACGAGGAUUUCCGGUUGACAUAGGCCUGACGUCAUCCAGCGGCGGCCUCACCUGUGUUGGCCAGAUCUACCGUGAGCUGAGUGUUCAGAGCCGGAGACCCUCCCUCCUGAGAGACUGCGGGAGAGGCCGCGGGGGAAGGGAGUCGAGCAAUUAUACCGUCAGGCCGCGAGAUCUUGUAGUGGGCCUGGGCCGGUGCUUCACGCCUCCCUAAUACACAAAGCUUUUCCCCAAGGGAAGGGGAUGCGGCUGUUGACUGGCUGCGUUUAAAGCAUUGACACCGGCAGAUACGUUCGCCGUGAUGCCGCCCUCUGAGCAAGACAAGAGCUUGAGGCAGUGUUGCUGAGCCGCCUAUUCCCUCGUUAGUAGGGGAAGCUCUGGGCACUUUUACACGCAGCUUUGUGCUUCUCUUCCCGUGUCUCCUCUGAGCUCAUUUAAAAGACCCACAGGACGUUACUGGUGCGAAGCUGCUACUCGGGCUUUUCAUCUAAUUUCACCCAUCGCCCCCCACAACUGGUGGCAGAGGAGGACGAUGGGUCAGAAGAGGCCCAGAUAUUUGGUUGGCGUCCUGAUGGUCGAGGACAGUAUUUGUGAGAAUCGCCUACCUGAAUUGAGUGUUUAGUGAGUGCAUUUAUUGGGGGGCAGGGAGAGCUCACCUCCUGGCACCCCAGGCCUUUUAGUGACUACAGCAUAAUAGUGAGCAUUGGAUCAUAGAAGUGAAUCACCACAAGUAUCAGCCAUGGCUGACAAUUUGGUGGAUCCCGGGCCCCCUUCAGCCAAGAAGCCCAAGAUGUCUUCUCCUUCCCUGUCUUCCAGUGAUGUUCCAGAUUUUGGGUCUCUCUUUGACCUGGAACAUGAUUUACCUGAUGAGUUGAUUAACUCAAGUGAGUUUGGUCUGACUAAUGGUGGAGAUCUCAGUCAGCUACACACUAGUAUGAAUAUGGUGCCUGAUGCAGCUGCCAAGCAUAAGCAGCUUUCUGAGCUCUUGCGUGGUGGAACCACCUCAAACAUGAGCAUGGGCCUUGGGCAACAAACACCACAAAACAGCCCAGGAAUAAGCCUACUGAACAGUAUGGUAAAAAGUCCUAUGAACCAAGGAGGACAUGCAUCACCAAACAUGGGUAUGGGAGGCAGUGGAAACCCUGGACCAACAGCUCAGCAGAUGAAUCCCACUUCAGCAACAGGAAUGAUGUCUGGUGUGAACAGCCCUGUGAACCAGCAUGGCAUGGGCAUCAACGCAGGAAUGAUAGCUGGAAAUGGACAGAAUAUGAUACAAGGUCAAAUGAUGAACGGAUCUGUUGGAUCUGGUAGAGGUCGUCCUAGCAUGCAGUACCCCAACCCUAACAUGGGCAAUACAGGCAACCUACUUGCUGAAACACUUCAAGGUGGACCUCAAAUUGGAGCACAGUCUGGAAUGAGAGGUCCACAGCCAACUGCCAUGAACAAGAUGGGUCUAAUGAACAAUCCUAAUCCUUAUGGAACAACGUAUGGACAAAAUGUUGUUCCCCAGAUGGGGGGCACAGUUAUGGCAUCACAAAUGCAGAACAAGGCAGCAUUACAGAAUAGCCUGGCUCAGUUUCCAGUGGACAAGAAACCUGGUGUUGGCAUGCCAAAUAUGAAUCAGCAGACGUCGACCCAGGUACAGCAAGCUGGAAUGGUCACGGCAGCUCCACCGGGUAUGGGAGCAGGUGCCCCUCAGGGCAUUGGCUCGGGAGCUCCAACAGCAGAUCCUGAGAAAAGGAAACUGAUCCAGCAACAACUGGUUCUACUCCUGCACGCUCACAAAUGUCAGCGGAGGGAACAGGCCAAUGGUGAAGUACGGCAGUGCAACUUACCGCAUUGCCGGACAAUGAAGAAUGUCCUAAAUCACAUGACACACUGCCAAGCUGGCAAAUCAUGCCAAGUUGCACAUUGUGCCUCCUCGCGGCAGAUUAUUUCGCACUGGAAAAAUUGCACACGACAUGACUGUCCUGUCUGUCUGCCUCUGAAGAAUGCAGGAGACAAACGUAAUCAAAGUAAGAGUGACUUAAAGGAGAAGGAAAGGUUAAAACUAACUUUGCUGGGUGGUCCACCAGUGACGCUGGGAGCUGCUGGUGCUGUGGGGACAGUUGGCCAGCAACCUGCUCCUUCGAUUAAUGCCACUAACCAAAUUGACCCAAGCUCAAUCGAGCGAGCAUAUGCAGCUCUUGGUCUUCCAUACCAGGGCAAUCAAUUGCAGACACAACCACAAGCUGCAGUUAAAGGCCAGCAGUCGGGGCAGUCACCACAGGGAAUGCGCUCUCUUAACACAAUGAAUUCAAGCACAAUGGGAGUCAAUGGAGGAGUAGGUGUACAAGCUUCCAGUUUGCUUCCUGACAGUCUUUUACAUUCAGGAAUGAACAGUCAGAGUCCAAUGAUGAAUGAGAGUGGUAGUGUUCCUAACCUAGGCUCAAUGCCUACGGCGGCUCCACCCUCUAGUACUGGAAUCCGCAAACCUUGGCAUGAAGAUAUCACCCAGGAUCUGAGGAACCAUUUAGUCCACAAACUUGUUCAAGCCAUAUUCCCAACACCUGAUCCUGCAGCAUUAAAGGAUCGGCGAAUGGAGAACUUGGUAGCUUAUGCUCGCAAAGUCGAAGGGGACAUGUAUGAAUCUGCUAACAACAGGGCUGAGUACUACCACUUUCUGGCUGAGAAGAUAUACAAGAUCCAAAAAGAGUUGGAGGAAAAGCGUCGAACCAGAUUGCAAAAGCAACAUCUAAUGCCCACUCCCCCUGGCAUGUCCCCUACACAAAUGAAUCAAAGCCAGGGAAUGGCCCAGCCACAAACUGGAAUAUCAACCAACGGUCCUUUGCCAGACCCAAGCAGCAUGAUGCGGGCUAAUGUGCCAAAUCAAAUGAUGAAUCGUAUGCAGACACAAACUGGAAUGAACCAAUUUGGACAGAUGAGUAUGCCAAUGCAAUCAAUGGGCCAGAGACAACAGGCUCCUAUUCAGCACCCUGGGCAAAUGGGGCAAACAGGCCCUAUGAACCAGAUGGGAUUUCAGGCCCGCAUGCAGCAGCCGGGUACUAUGCAGCAAACUGCACAGAACCAGUUUCUGUCCCAAAAUCAGUUUCAGGCAUCUUCUCCUGUGAUGAAUACUGGAGGAAUGAAUACAGGAGGCAUGAAUGCAUCUGGCAUGCCCAUGCCUCAGCCUGGCAAUCAGAACUCCCCAUCUCAGGCACAGAUGUCUAAUCCUAGUCAUCCUGUGAGCUCUCCUGUGAUGCCUCCAGCAGCAGCAGGGAAUCAGAUCCACUGUUCGAGUCAUGUCCAGCCCAUGCACCGCAACUCACCGUCCCCUGCUCCAAGCCGCACACCAACUCCUCACCACACGCCUCCAGGCUUAACGCCGCAACCGGCUCUGACACCUGUACAGCCUAUUAUACCCACAGCAGCACCGAUUUCACAUUCACCACUACAACACAGAGAAAGCCCUACCCCACCACAAGUGACCCCUUCCUUAUCCAUCCCUACCCCAGUUAUGCCUACCACUGAGCAGCAGAUUCCUACACCAUCUCCUCAGCAGCCUUCGCAGCAGUUUCCAUCACAACAGCCAAUACCACGGCCUCCUUCACAGCCAAGCCUAACCACAUCUGUACCCACGCCAACUGCACCACAACUGCCAAUGCAGCUUCACCCAAGCACUCCGCCUACAGCCAAUCUGGAUUGCCCAUCUUCCAAUCCUCCCUCUACUAAUAGCUCUGAAGUUAGCUCUCAGCAACCUGUUCAAGAGCAGCAACCUCCAGAGGUUAAAAUGGAGAUCAAGCAAGAAGAUGAAGAUCUUGAGCCUGAGCCUAUGGAACCUCCAGCAGAGGAGAAACCUGAGGUUAAAUCAGAGGGAGCAGUCGAGGAUUGCAAAUCUGAGCCAGUUGAGCUGGAAGAGAAGAAAGAAGAAGUAAAAACAGAAAUCAAGGAGGAAGAUGAGAAACCAGCAACCCCUGCUGCCCAGACAUCUCCUGCUCCUCCUGGGCAGUCCAAGAAGAAGAUUUUCAAACCUGAAGAACUUCGCCAGGCUCUCAUGCCCACUCUGGAAGCAUUAUACCGCCAAGAUCCAGAGUCCCUUCCAUUUCGUCAACCAGUGGAUGCUCAGUUAUUAGGAAUCCCGAAAAAUACCUCUGUCCUGCAGGAUUACUUUGAGAUUGUCAAGACUCCAAUGGACCUUUCAACUAUUAAACGCAAGUUGGACACAGGACAGUACCAAGAGCCUUGGCAGUAUGUGGAAGAUAUUUGGCUGAUGUUCAACAACGCCUGGCUAUACAACCGUAAAACUUCUCGCGUCUACAAGUACUGUUCCAAGCUGGCGGAGGUGUUUGAGCAGGAGAUUGAUCCAGUCAUGCAAAGCUUGGGAUACUGCUGUGGUAGGAAGCUCGAGUUUUCUCCUCAGACCCUUUGCUGUUAUGGAAAGCAGCUAUGUACAAUUCCCCGUGAUGCCACUUACUACAGCUAUCAAAACAGUUCACCCAAAUAUGGCCUUCUCGCUGAUAGGUACCACUUCUGUGAAAAGUGCUUCAACGAGAUCCAGGGGGAGUGCGUCUCUCUUGGUGAUGACCCCACCCAACCUCAGACCACCAUCAGUAAAGAUCAGUUCUCCAAAAGGAAAAAUGACACACUGGAUCCAGAACAAUAUGUGGAGUGCUUGGAGUGUGGUAGAAAAAUGCACCAGAUCUGCGUGCUGCAUAAUGAAACCAUCUGGCCCACAGGCUUUGUAUGUGAAGGCUGUCUAAAGAAAACAGGCCGAACCCGGAAAGAGAACAAAUUUUCUGCCAAGCGACUUCCAACUACAAGGCUUGGCUCUUUUUUGGAGAACAGAGUCAAUGAAUUCCUGAGAAGGCAGAAUAAUCCUGAGGCUGGAGAGGUGACUGUUCGGGUGGUCCACGCAUCUGAUAAAACUGUGGAAGUUAAACCUGGCAUGAAAUCGAAGUUUGUGGAUGCAGGGGAAAUGGCAGAAUCCUUCCCAUACCGAACAAAAGCCUUAUUUGCAUUUGAAGAGGUCGAUGGAGCUGAACUGUGUUUUUUUGGUAUGCAUGUGCAAGAAUAUGGCUCUGACUGUCCCCAGCCCAAUCAAAGGCGUGUUUAUAUUUCCUAUCUGGACAGUGUACAUUUCUUUCGCCCAAAGAGCCUUAGAACAACUGUGUAUCAUGAGAUUCUCAUUGGCUAUCUGGAGUAUGUCAAAAGACUAGGGUAUACAGCGGGACACAUAUGGGCCUGUCCUCCCAGUGAAGGAGAUGACUAUAUAUUUCAUUGUCACCCAGCGGACCAGAAGAUCCCAAAGCCCAAACGCUUGCAGGAGUGGUACAAGAAGAUGCUGGAUAAGUCUGUGUCUGAGCGAGUAAUUCACGAUUACAAGGACAUCUUUAAGCAAGCAACAGAAGACCGACUGACCAGUGCCAAGGAGCUGCCAUAUUUUGAAGGGGAUUUCUGGCCAAAUGUGCUGGAAGAGAGCAUUAAAGAACUGGAGCAGGAGGAGGAAGAAAGGAAGCGGGAAGAAAAUACCAGCAAUGAAAGUAUUGAGGUUGGGAAAGGAGACAGUAAAACUGCAAAGAAGAAAAACAACAAGAAGACCAGCAAAAACAAGAGCAGCCUGAGCAGAGGGAGUAAGAAGAAGCCUGGAAUGCCAAAUGUGUCCAAUGACCUAUCACAAAAACUCUAUGCUACAAUGGAGAAGCAUAAAGAGGUAUUUUUUGUCAUCCGCCUUAUUGCUGGUCCAGCGGCCAAUUCCCUUCCCCCAAUUGUAGAGCCGGACCCCCUAAUUCCUUGUGAUCUGAUGGAUGGACGGGAUGCCUUCCUUACACUCGCUAGGGAUAAACACUUGGAGUUUUCAUCUCUGCGCAGAGCGAAGUGGUCUACAAUGUGCAUGCUAGUGGAGCUUCAUACACAGAGCCAGGACCGCUUUGUCUACACCUGCAAUGAGUGCAAGCAUCAUGUUGAAACUCGCUGGCACUGUACUGUUUGUGAGGAUUAUGAUUUGUGCAUCACCUGCUACAACACAAAGACCCAUGAGCACAAAAUGGAGAAACUUGGGCUUGGCUUGGAUGAUGAAAGCAACAACCAACAAGCAGCAGCAACCCAAAGCCCUGGAGAUUCCCGCCGGUUGAGCAUUCAGCGUUGCAUCCAGUCUCUUGUACAUGCCUGCCAGUGUCGCAAUGCAAACUGCUCUUUGCCCUCAUGUCAGAAGAUGAAGAGAGUCGUACAACACACCAAAGGCUGCAAGAGGAAAACCAAUGGAGGGUGUCCUAUCUGCAAGCAGCUUAUUGCCCUGUGCUGCUACCAUGCUAAACACUGCCAAGAAAACAAGUGCCCUGUGCCCUUCUGCCUCAAUAUCAAGCAAAAGCUACGUCAACAGCAGCUACAACAUAGGUUGCAACAGGCUCAGAUGCUGCGACGUCGUAUGGCCAGCAUGCAGAGAACUGGUGGGGUUUGCCCUCCGCAGAGUUUGCCUUCUCCAAAUUCAGCUGGCCCUUCCACACCAACAGGCCAACAGCCCCCUACUCCACAGACUCCACAACCACCACCCCAACCUCCAACUCAGCAGCAGCCUCCAACACCUAACAACAUGUCUCCCUACAGCAUGGCACGUGCUGAACCCCCUAGGGGCAUCUCCCAGGGCAAAGCAGCUGGGCAAAUGACUCCUCCAACACCUCCCCAGACUGGACCAAUGCAGCAGCAGCAACAGAUUCAGGGUCCACCUCCAGCUGCUGUGGAGAUGGCAAUGCAGAUACAACGGGCUGCAGAGACACAAAGGCAAAUGGCGAAAGCUCAAAUUUUCCCUCGGCCCAUAAUGAACCCACAUCAGAUGCAAACUAUGAACUCAAUGCCACCCAUGGGAAUGAACCCUCAGCAGGGCCCUCGGGGUCCAGUUCAUAUGGAUUCUGGCAUAGGGCCUGCUGGAAUGCAGCAACCUCCACAACAGCAGCAGCCACCUCCGCCUCAACCACAGCCUCCAUGGGUGCAAGGUGGAAUGCCCCAGCCCCAGUCAAUGCAACCGGGCAUGCAAAGAUCACCUAUUAUGUCAGUACCGCAGCAGGGACAGCCUAUGAACAUGAAUCCCCAGCCUGGCAUUGGACAGGUGCCUGGAGCAAGCCAAACAAAACAAGGCACACUGCCACAAGCUGCUCUGCAGAACCUUCUUCGUACUUUGCGUUCUCCCAGCUCGCCCAUGCAGCAGCAGCAGGUUUUGAAUAUUUUGCAAUCAAACCCACAGCUUUUGGCUGCCUUUAUCAAGCAACGAGCAGCAAAGUAUGCUAGUAAUCAGAAUGCACAGGCAGCUGGCAACAUUCCCAGGAUGCCUUCCCAGGGUGGCCUUCCGCAGGUAGUGCAUUCUAAUCCUGGCAUGCAAGUUAUGAACCCUAUGCAGGCAAUUGGCCCACGCCCUGGCAUUCCUCAGCAGCCCCAGGCUCCUCAACAGCAGCCUCCACAGCAACCCCCUAUUCCCCAGCAGGGGAUGGCAGGAAUGAAUCAACAAGGUCAGCCAGUAAAUAUCAAUCAUGGUGGGAUUUCCCCUCAGUUCCGUGAGAUACUCCUGCGUAGGCAGCAAAUAAUGCAGCAGCAGCAGCAACAACAACAACAGCUGCAGCAGCAGCAACAACAACAACAACAACAGCAGCUGCAGCAGCAGCAAGGAGCUGGACCUGGAAUGGUUAAUCAUAACCAAUUCCAGCAGCACCAAGUCAUGUCUGGCUACACACAGCAGCAGCAACAGCGUUUCCAGCACCAUAUCCAGAUGCAGCAAGGAAGUAUGGGACAAAUUAAUCAGAUGCCACAGGGAAUGCCGGGUGAUGCAUCGAGUGGUCUGCAGAGCUUUCAACAGCGCCUCUUACACCAGCAGAUGGGAUCUCCAGCACAACAAAAUCCAAUGAGCCCACAACAGCACAUGUUGCCAGGCCCUGCUCAGUCCCCUCAUUUACAGGGACAGCAGCUUCCUCCAUCACUUACCAACCAAGUGCGUUCUCCCCAACCUGUGCCCUCUCCACGUCCCCAGUCACAGCCCCCACACUCAAGCCCGUCUCCCCGUAUGCAGCCUCAGCCAUCCCCUCACCACGUUUCUCCUCAGACCAGCUCUCCUCACCCAGGAUUGGUGGGGCCUGGACAAGGCAACCCUAUGGAUCAAGGACACUACGGAAGCCCUGAUCCUACUGUUAUGCUUUCGCAAAUGGCAGGUCUUCAUGGAGGGGGGGUGCCAGACCUUGGCCUGGGUGCAGACAACUCGGACCUUAAUCCCAACCUCUCACAGAGUGCACUAGAUAUUCAUUAGAGGUAUAGGGUAUAAGGGAUCUUUUGCUACCCUUGAGUAGUGACUCCUAAGAACACGCAAUUCUGAAAAAUAAACUUAUUUUCGGCUCAGACUGACUUUUUAUACUGAAGAAACAGCUGUUUUGUUUUUUGUGGGGACGGGAGGGCGUGCGGGGCUUAAGGUUAUUUUUCAAGUUUUUUUUAAUUAUUUUUUUCAAGUAAUGUUAUCUAUUUUUUUUUUUUUUUUUUGUGGAGUUCUCCAGAGCUGCUGAGCUCAGACCUAUAAGGAUCUGCAGAGCGUGGGGAGAGGCAGAUAUUAAUAUUAUUAUAAUUAUUAUAAAGAAUAUUUCCAGUGGCUGGGCCCAUAAAACAGCCUUCUGAUCUCUUCCUCUGUUAAAAUGCACAGUGCAUUCCCUUGAUCCUAACCCCCCCUGACGUCCAAAAUACACUUACCAUUACUUCCUAUGUUUUUUCUGUAUUUUUUUUUUUUUUUUAAAUUAAUGAAUGUGUAUAGUAUUGACUGUUUUUUUUAUUUACUGUUGGACGGUUUCUGUAUAGGCAAAGUUAGUGUUUCCCAUCCUGCAAUGAUCCACUCGUAAA